AUGGACCUCAAUUUGUUCCCCACCGUGACGGCGGAUUUCACGCUUCUCGGCACCCUCAACGGUGACCAGGCCGCAUCAGAGCCUCAACCCUGGGAUACCUCGGACGAGUACACCGAGCUCAUCACAUCGCCCGGCGCAUUGGGACUGAUGCAAGGACUCGCAUUCCGCCCAGCACCAGCCCCAGCUCCUCUCACAACUUGGCCAACCACCGCCACCGGUCAAACCCGGGUUUCUCGCCCCGAGAGCCAAGAAGAUUGGGACGCAAAGAAGGACACUAUCCAAAAGCUUUACCUCGAGGAGAACCUUCCACUUCAAGACGUCAUUGACACCAUGUCAAAGGAGCAUUCUUUCUCGGCCACGUGA